AUGAAUCCCGUCAACACCAAACCCUACACCCUCCCAUCUGAUGCCGUCUGGCUCAUCACCGGCUGCUCUUCAGGCAUCGGCCGCGAACUAGCCACCCUCGUCGCAUCCAAACCCAACCAGCGCCUAAUCGCCACAGCCCGCAACCCAUCUACCCUCUCCUACCUCCCCGAGAGCCCCAAUGUCCUCAAACUAGCACUCGACGUGACAUCCUCCAGCUCCGUGGACUCCGCAUUCACCGCAGCUACUCAACAUUUCGGAAAAACCAUCGACAUCGUAGUCAACAACGCCGGGUACUCACUCUCCGGCGAUACUGAGUCCGCAACAGAGGACGAAACGCACAAGGAGAUGGAGACGCUGUUUUUCGGGACCGCGCGGGUCACGACCCGUGCUAUUGGGUUCAUGCGUGAGGGCCGGCCUGGGGGUGUCAUUUUUAACAUCUCCUCGUUGGCGGGGCUGUGUGCGUUCCCUGGUCAUGCGUAUUACCAUGCCGGCAAGUUUGCGGUGGAGGGGUGGUCGGAGUCUGUGGCGAGAGAGAUGCACCCGGAUUGGAAUAUCAACUUCUGCAUCAUCGAGCCAAGCGGCGUCAAGACCAACUUCGAGGGCCACAGUAAGGCACGUACGCAACCUCACCCUGCCUAUGCCGGGGAAGACAUGCCCGCGCGCAAGCUCGAGGCGUAUGUGGAAAAGGGCAUCAAGGCCGGUGCGGGUGCGGGGAUGAUUGAACCUGCUGCUGUUGCAGAGGCGAUUUUCAACAUUGCCAGUCGGGGGGAAUGUGUGCCGCUGCGUGUUCCGUUGGGUGGGAUUGCGUGGACGAUGGCAAAGGCGAAGUUUGAGGGUGCGUUGGGGAGUCUUGAGAAGGUGAAGGAGUUGAGCUUUUUGGGGAAGAAUGCCUAG